AUGGCCCGCGGGGCGGGAGGAGCCCGCAGCGUGGCUUCUGCAGUGUUCGAGCCUUUUUGUCCUUGGAAGUGGCUGCUGUUGCUAGUAGCUGUCAAGUGCUCGGAAGCCACCUCUGAUUUGAACAAACCCGCCAAUUUCACCGCCCAGCAUGGACCUGAUGUUCGGUCCGCUGCUGCCGCCAGCUCAGGGCUAGAGGAGAUCACCGUUUUCACGCUGGAUUAUGACUAUGUGCAAAUUCCUUACGAGGUCACCCUCUGGAUACUUCUAGCAUCCCUUGCAAAAAUAGGCUUCCACCUUUACCGCAGGCUGCCCGGCCUCAUGCCUGAGAGCUGCCUCCUCAUCACCGUUGGGGCUCUGGUGGGAGCCAUCAUCUUCGGCACCGAUCACAAGUCGCCUCCGGUCAUGGAUUCGAACAUUUACUUCUUGUACCUCCUUCCCCCCAUCGUCCUGGAGGGCGGCUACUUCAUGCCCACCCGGCCCUUCUUUGAGAACAUCGGCUCCAUCGUGUGGUGGGGGGGCCUGGGGGCCCUGAUCAACGCCUUCGGCAUCGGCCUCUCCCUCUACUUCAUCUGCCAGAUCGAGGCCUUUGGCCUCAGCGACGUCAACCUGCUCCAGAGCCUGCUGUUCGGCAGCCUGAUCUCCGCGGUGGACCCGGUGGCCGUGCUGGCCGUGUUCGAGGAGGCCCGAGUGAACGAGCCGCUGUACAUGAUGAUCUUCGGGGAGGCCCUUCUCAACGACGGCAUUAGUGUGGUCUUAUACAAUAUAUUAAUUGCCUUCACAAAGAUGCACAAAUUUGAAAGUAUAGAGCCCGUCGACAUUUUGGCUGGAUGUGCCCGAUUCAUUAUUGUGGGGGUUGGAGGCGUAUUUUUCGGCAUCAUUUUUGGAUUCAUUUCUGCGUUUAUCACACGUUUCACUCAGAACAUCUCUGCGAUUGAACCGCUCAUCGUCUUCAUGUUCAGCUAUUUGUCUUACUUAGCCGCGGAGACCCUCUAUCUCUCUGGCAUCCUGGCGAUCACGGCCUGCGCGGUGACCAUGAAGAAGUAUGUGGAGGAAAACGUGUCCCAGACAUCCUACACGACCAUCAAGUAUUUCAUGAAGAUGCUGAGCAGUGUCAGUGAGACCCUGAUCUUCAUCUUCAUGGGCGUGUCCACCGUGGGGAAGAACCACGAGUGGAACUGGGCCUUCGUGUGCUUCACCCUGGCCUUCUGCCUGAUCUGGAGAGCCAUCAGCGUGUUCGCGCUCUUCGCCGUCAGCAACCGGUUCCGGACCUUCCCCUUCUCGGGCAAGGACCAGUGCGUCAUCUUCUACAGCGGCGUCCGCGGAGCAGGAAGCUUCUCGCUCGCGUUUUUGCUGCCUCUGUCCCUUUUCCCCAGGAAGAAAAUGUUUGUCACUGCGACUCUGGUAGUCAUAUACUUUACUGUAUUUAUUCAGGGAAUCACAAUUGGCCCUCUGGUCAGGUACCUGGAUGUUAAAAAAACCAAUAAGAAAGAAUCCAUCAACGAAGAGCUUCACAUCCGUCUGAUGGAUCACUUGAAGGCGGGAAUUGAAGACGUGUGUGGGCAGUGGAGCCACUACCAAGUGAGAGACAAGUUUAAGAAGUUUGACCAUAAAUAUUUACGGAAAAUCCUAAUCCGAAAGAACCUGCCAAAAUCUAGCAUUGUUUCUUUGUACAAGAAGCUGGAAAUGAAACAAGCUCUUGAGAUGGUAGAGACUGGGCUCCUAAGUUCUACAGCGUUUUCCAUGCCCCAUCAGGCCCAGAGGACACAAGGGAUCAAAAGGCUGUCCCCCGAAGAUGUGGAGUCCAUGCGGGACAUCCUGACACGCAACAUGUACCAAGUUCGGCGGAGGACACCAUCCUACAACAAAUACAACCUCAACCCCCAAACAAUUGAGAAGCAGGCUAAAGAGAUUCUGAUCCGCCGCCAGAACACCCUCCGAGAGAGCCUGAGGAAAGGCCACAGCCUGCCGUGGGGACAGCCGGCCGGCACCAAAAACAUCCGCUACCUCUCCUUCCCCGGCAGCGACCCUCGAGCACCCAGAGGCCCGCGGGCUGCCGGCCGCACAGGCGAGGACGGCAGUGGCUCAGAGCUGUCCUUCCUCAUGUUCAGCGCACACCCGCCAACGAGGUCCCUUCAAGACAGACAACUGGCUCAACAAACAGCCGCAACGCAGAGUUCCAACGGAGGAGGGAAGCCACCCAGCUCUGGGUAUCAGACAAGGACAAGCCAGGAGGAGCCUGCCGGCGGAGGCCGGAGGGUGAUAUUAAGGCCCAAGCCGCUGUUUCACGCAGUACAGGAGGAUGAGUCGGGGGAGGAGAGCGGGGAAGGGGCCUCCGCAGUCGGGCCCAGGCCCAGAAGGGAGCGCCACGGGUCCCACGGCCGUUUGCUCCAAAGAAAGUAG